GAGGCUGAUUUACAAAAAUUAAUGCCGUAAAUGAUGUGGCAUGCUCUUGUAAUUGGGUCUUGAAAUAUGGACGACCGCCGAUUAUGUAGAAAGGCUCAUUCACAGUCUGCCACAUUGUCUAACAAUUUAGCACAUCUAUCAUAGCACAUACAUUGCAUUACUCAUUGUUUUCAUACUGCCUAGUCAAAUUCCAACCCUGUCAUCUUCACCUCUAUAUAAAUCGUGAUAUCAUCUAAAAAACUAGCCCAAAUCCUCCUCCUCCUCCUCCUCCACCAAUCUUUUUCCAUAUCCCUAUCAGUUCGCCAUCAUCUUUCAGAAAUUCAUGGAUGCUGAUCAAGUCUUGAGAAGCCGAUACGAGUCAUCAUCACCAGUUCAUGCUGAAGAAGAAGAAACAUCGGACGUGAGGAAAGGCCUUUGGACUGCCGAAGAGGACGCCUUGCUCGCGAAUCAUGUGAAGAUCCAUGGCGAAGGCCGUUGGAGCUCGAUCGCUCGUUGCACAGGAUUGAAGCGGACCGGCAAGAGCUGCAGAUUAAGAUGGCUGAACUAUUUACGCCCCGAUCUAAGGCGCGGGAAUAUGACUCUCGAAGAGCAACUGUUGAUUCUUGAACUCCAUUGUCGCUGGGGCAACAGGUGGUCGAAAAUAGCUCAGCACUUGCCCGGAAGGACGGACAACGAGAUAAAGAACUACUGGAGGACGAGAGUGCAAAAGUUAGCCAAGCACCUCAAGUGCGAAGUCAAUAGCAAAGAAUUUAGAGACGCGAUGCGCUGCGUGUGGAUGCCACGGUUUGCGGAGCAGAUCCGGGCAUCGACGCAAGGCCCAUUGCAUCGACCUGCUGAGAACCCUCCUCGAACUCACGGCAUCAGGUCGGGAUAUUCGGUCGACGGUGAUCGCAGAGACUUGUUGCUGCCCGAGCUAUCAUCCAGCGUGUCGUCCGAUUCUUCGGAUGCUUGGUUUAGCAGUUCGCCUUCUCAUAACCAAGUCGGCGAAAUCGGCUCUGAACAUUUCGAGCUCGGUUCGGCUAAUGGCCCGAAGUACCGGACCGGGUAUUCGGAAUGGUGGCAGCCGGGUGUGGAUGCGGGAGAGCAAGAAGACAGCAACGGUUGUUUAGUCAGUGGAGACUUAUUGGAGGACUUGUGGAACGAGGAAGAUGUAUGGUUCUUGCAACAGCAGCUUCUCGAGUAGGCUUUUUCUGCGUAUUAGCGAAAUUAGAUCAUUAGUGCUGGAAUUUCAAUCCUUAGAAUACGAAUUAGUGUACAAACAUAA